GGCGGCGGCGGCGGCGCCGGACGGCGGCGGCGACGAUGGAGCCGGGAUACGGCGGCUACGGCGCCUGGAGCACCGGGGCCACGGGCACCCAGGGCUCCUACGGCACCAACGCGAGCAGCUGGCAAGGCUACGAGGGUUACGAGUUCUACCCGGCGCAGAGCUCGGCCCCGGCGGGCGCCUCCUUCAGCUUCGGGGCCGGGGCGGCGCCGGGCGGCUCCUGGGAGGGCCCCAAGGCCGAGCUGGGGCUGGGGGGCGCCGAGGGCUCCGGCGGCGCCGCGCUGGGGAUGGGCCCCGCGGCCGCCUUCGGCCCCGCGGCCGCCUUCGGCCCGGGAGCCGCCUUCGGAUCGGGAUCCGGCGCACCUAGCUUCGCUUCGGGAUCCGGAGCCGCCUUCGGAUCGGGAUCGGGAGCCGCCUUCGGAUCGGGGUCUGGGACUGCCUUCGGAUCGGGGUCUGGAGCCACCUUUGCCUCGGGAUCUGGAGCCGCCUUUGGAUCGGGGUCUGGAGCCGCCUUUGGAUCAGGAUCUGGAGCCGCUUUUGGAUCGGGAUCUGGAGCCACCUUUGGAUCGGGGUCUGGAGCCACUUUUGGAUCGGGAUCUGGAGCCACCUUUGGAUCAGGAUCUGGGACUGCCUUUGGAUCAGGAUCUGGGACCGCUUUUGGAUCGGGAUCCACUGGAUCCACCUUUGGCUCAGGAUCUGGGACCGCCUUUGGCUCAGGAUCUGCUGGAUCCACCUUCGGAUCGGGAUCCGGAGCCGCCUUUGGGUCAGGAUCGGGAUCCACCUUCGGCUCGGGAUCGGGCUCCACUUUUGGCUCGGGAUCGGGAUCCACGUUUGGCUCGGGAUCGGGAUCCACCUUCGGCUCGGGAUCUGGAGCCGCCUUCGGCUCGGGAUCGGGAUCCACCUUCGGCUCGGGAUCGGGAUCCACCUUCGGCUCGGGCUCCGCCUUCGGCCAGGGCUCGGCGCUGGGAUCGUCGGCCGAGGCGCCCGCGCCCAACCCCGACUCCAUCAUCGCCAAGAUCAACCAGCGCCUCGACCUGCUGGCCAAGGAGGGCAGCCCCGGCCCCGAGCAGCACCACAGCUCCUUCCGCUUCGACUCCUUGGGCGCCUUCUCCUCGCGGGACUCUCGGGAUCCCUUCCGGGGGGGCUCGGAGCGGGAGGAUCCCUUCUCCUCUCGGGGGGACCCCUUCGUCCCCGUCGGGGACCCCUCCGCGGGGCCGCCGCGGGGCUCGGGGGGCUCCUCGCGGGGCCGCGGCGCGCCGCGGGGCCGGCGGCCGCCGGAGCCGUUCCCGGGGGCGCCGCGCUGGAGCGAGCCGCGCUUCCCGGCCGGCCGCGGCUCCCGGCCGCCGCCCUCGCUCUUCUCCCGGCCCCUGGAGUACCCCGAGUUCCCCGGGGACUACCCCGAGUACCCCGAGUACCCCGAGUUCCCCGAGUUCCCCCCCGAGUUCCCCGGCGAGCUGGGCCUGGGCCGCGGCGCCUUCGGCCUCAGGAGGAGGGACAGGAUGGGAGCGCUGCCCUGGAACGGCCUGCACCCCGGCCGGCGCCGGGGGCUCCGCGCUCGCUCCGGGGGGCGCUGGGAGCCCGAGGGGCCCCGCAAACGGAAACGCUCCGGGAACAACGACGGCAACGAGCCCGGCGACGACGGCAACGACGACGGGAACGAGCCCGGGAACGGGAACGGCAACGGGAACGGGAACGGGAACGGGAACGGGAGCAGCGAGGAGCCCAAGAACGCCCGCAGCGACAGCGACUCCGAGCACGGGGACGAGGGGGAGGCCGAGGAGAAAUCCUUGGACGAGGCGGACAGAGGAUCGGAGGAGGACGACGAGGAGGCGCGGAAGCGGCGCGAGAAGCAGCGGCGCAGGGACCGCAUGCGCGACCGCGCCAUGGACAGGAUCCAGUUCGCGUGUUCCGUGUGCAAGUUCCGCAGCCUGGAGGAGGAGGAGAUCCAGCGGCACCUGGAGAGCAAAUUCCACCGCGACACGCUGCGCUACAUCGGCACCAAGCUGCCCGACAAAACCGUCCAGUUCCUCCAGGUACCCCCAAAAACCGGGAAUUCUCACGGAAUUUCACAAUUCCAAAAAAAAUCGGGAUUUUUGGGGCUUUUUUCCGGGUGUUUUUAGGCGAAAAUUUGAAUUUUUUUCGGAUUUUUUUUGCAUUUUUUGGGUGUUUUUAGGUG